UUUUUCCACGAUUUUUAUUCCGACCACCAUCAACGAUGUAGUCUUUUUUCGUGUCCGUGACAACGACUAAAAAAUUUAAUUUGCAAAAAAUAAAAAAAACACAAAAAAAAUUAACUAAACAAAUCAUAAACCCAAAGAACAACAAAAUUCGCAACAACAUUCAACACUAUUCAUCCCGAAAUAGUUUUAUUAUAACGAAAAAAGAAAAACCUUUGCGAAACAGCUUUGUAAACAAAACCAAUUUUUGUCUGGCAUCAAGAAACACAAAAAAAAGAGAAAAUUUUAAUUUUUUUCGCAAAGCUCAAAAGUUCUUCUGUGUGUUUCCAAUUUAUUAUAUAUUCUCCAUUGUUGUAUUUUACACAAGAAAAAAGUAAAAAUAAAAAAGAAAAUGUUUAUUAUAUUCGAUUGUUUGUAAAGUAUUUAUCAGUGGAAAGGGCAAUUAAAUUGCUUCCGAACAUAAUUAAUUUUUUUGUGUUAUUGGAAUUAAAAUAAAAUAAAAAAAAUGAAGGAACUUUGUCGUUGCAAAAAAGGCAAAGCUUCAAACUAAAUUUCUAUGUAAAACUAAAUAAGCACUCUCACAAAAAAAAAAAAAAAAUAAGAAAAAAAAAACUAGCUUUUGUAGAUGUUGAUUAGUAGAAAUUUUUAGUGCUGGAUGCUUGCAUUAAAAUUGAUGAUUAACCAUACAUAUACACGACUUGAUUUUGUGUUUCAAUUUCCGUCAGAUAUAAUGUUUUGAGUCAUUUUCUGACUUAACCUUGUUUCCAAAAAAAACUGAUCUGUGUGCAGAAGAAUCUUAAAUACAUUGUUAAUCAAUAAACAAUUCACCAUUGAAUAUUUCAAAAAAAUAAAAUCAAAUAUGGGUGCUAAUGUGUCACAACUGGAACGCGAAAUAGGGAGUGAAUUAUUUCCCCCCAAUGAACACUAUUUUGGCCUCGUAAACUUUGGCAACACAUGUUACAGUAAUUCAGUGUUGCAAGCUUUAUAUUUCUGUAAGCCAUUUAGAGAGAAAGUUCUUGAGUAUAAGGCAAAGAAUAAACGUUCCAAGGAGACUCUUCUCUCAUGUUUGGCUGAUUUGUUCUAUAACAUUGCUACACAAAAGAAGAAAGUUGGCUCAAUUGCUCCGAAAAAGUUUAUUGCACGUUUGAGAAAAGAAAAGGAAGAAUUUGACAAUUAUAUGCAACAAGAUGCUCAUGAGUUUUUAAAUUUCCUUAUAAACCACAUAAACGAAAUCAUUUUGGCCGAACGCAACACAACCAAAGGUAAAAAUGGAAGCAGUAAUGGAACAAAUGAAGGUCCUACCGAGCCCACUUGGGUCCAUGAGAUUUUUCAAGGCAUCCUUACCAGUGAGACUCGUUGCCUAAAUUGUGAGACUGUAAGUAGCAAAGAUGAGAACUUCUUCGAUCUACAAGUCGAUGUGGAUCAGAACACAAGCAUCACCCAUUGUCUGCGAUGUUUCAGCAACACAGAAACUCUUUGCAGUGACAACAAGUUUAAAUGUGACAACUGUUGCAGCUACCAAGAGGCUCAAAAACGAAUGCGCGUUAAGAAGCUACCAAUGAUUCUUGCCUUACAUCUAAAACGUUUCAAAUACAUGGAACAGUUUAAUAGACACAUCAAAGUAUCACAUCGAGUUGUGUUUCCAUUGGAACUGCGUUUGUUCAAUACAUCCGAUGAUGCUGUGAAUCCAGAUCGGCUGUACAACUUAAUGGCUGUUGUAAUACAUUGUGGAUCCGGUCCGAAUCGAGGACAUUACAUAAGCAUUGUUAAAAGUCAUGGUUUGUGGCUGCUAUUCGACGAUGAUAUGGUUGAUAAGAUUGAAGCAUCAACAAUUGAAGAUUUCUACGGACUCACUUCGGACAUUCAGAAGUCCUCAGAGACGGGAUAUAUUCUCUUCUAUCAGUCAAGAGAUUGUGCAUCAUAAACAAAAAUAUCGUACGUUUUUGUUAGUUUUCUAUAUAAUUUUUGUUCGUUUUUUUCGAAUGUUUAUGUUUAAAGAUAUCAAAGUAGUUAAAUUGUUGUAAUGUUUGAUUUGGUUUCUUGAUAAAGUUGUUCCACAAAAUAAAAUAUUAUUUCAUAUUAAAAUUCAAAUUAUAUUAUAUAGGAGGGUUUACUUUAUUUACCUAACCAUUAAAUGAAUUAUAUAAAAUUUAAAAUUUCCGUUUCUAAUUUAUUGUUGUUAAAAACUAUUUAGUUAAACAUUUUUGUUUCAAUUUUUUGCCUAUUUCCUUUGUUUCGUAGUUAUAUAAAAAUACGAUAACAUUAUAAUGUUUUAUGUUAAGUCAAAACUAUCAAUAUUCUAUAUAAAAAAAAGUCAUAAUUUUUAAUGUUAUACAUAAUUACGAAUGAACAACAUGUUUUUUUUUUGUUGUAAAAUCAUAUUUUUGUUUAGUAAUUUAUUUGCACAGUUAAAAUAAUAAAAAUUAUGUUGUUAGUAAACUCUGCAAACUUAUACCAUAGAACUUUAUUAAAUAAAUUUAAAAAAAAAUGUGAUAAGUACAUUUUCUUGCAAAUAAAAACGUUUAACAUUAUUAUGAAUGGUCUAAACUAAAAUUAUGUUUUUAUUUAUUUAUUUUAUUGAGAAAUUAUGAAUGUUUUAUGAAGAAGAAGGUAAGGUUGGGGCGAACUGCGAACAAAUAGUACUUGAUUUAUAAAUCUUGAUACAAAAAAAGGUAGAAUAGAGGUACCUAAUAAUUUGCAGUUUUGUUUUUCGCAAUAGAUUUGUAAGUCUGUCAAAUUUCU